AUGUUUGCUGAAUUAGAUAUUGCUGAUCAUCUUGCAGCUACUGAUACACCACAAACAGCUAAAGAAUUAGCACAAAAACAAGAAUGGAAUAGUGAAUUUCUUUGUCGACUUUUACGUAGUGUGGCUGAUGCUGAUAUUGAUGGUCAUUUUCUCACAUCAAAUCAUCCAACUUCACAUUAUUUACCUAAUUUAUUACGUGAUGGUUUGAGCAAAGAUACUGGUAUUCAACGAGUAACUAAUAAUGAAGCAAUAUUCGAUUUCUUGAAAACAGAAGAAAAUACAAAUAUCGCUCAUAAUUGUAACGAAACCAUGACAAGUAUGUCAUCGUAUCAUAGUCAAUAUAUUGUUAAUAGUGUUGAUUUUGAUCGAUUUAAUACAAUCGUUGAUAUCGGUGGUGGUUUAGGUUGUCUUUUAGCUCAUAUACUUGAAAAAUAUUCACCAAUCAAACAAGGUAUUUGUUUUGAUUUACCUAAUGUUAUUCAAGAAAAAGGAACUGAAACAGAAUUGGAAAAACGAAACAUAUCUAAAGAUCGAUAUCCAUUUAUCGCUGAAGAUAUGUUUGAUCCUAAAACAAUUCCACAAGCUGAUGCUUACAUUAUGAAAAGUGUCAUUCAUGAUUGA